UGAUAUAUAACCUCGACCAGGAGCUGAUGCAAUUUUGGAGAUAUCGAGUCGGUGGGAAAGAGUCCAACUAAAGGAGCAGCGCGAGACAGCAUCCUGUACUUGAGAGAGACAAUUCCACUUUUAUUACCUAAAGUAUUUAUUAUUGGUAAAAGAAAAUGCCUGUGGUCAGAGCCCUGAGCAAAGUAGCCAAGCAGGCCCUGCAGGUGCAAGGAUGUGGAUGCCAACCUUUGACAGUGGCCAUGCGCAACAUCAGCUUCUCCCCCCGCCAGGUCACAUCUGGCUCUGAUGCCAGCUUUCACUCAGUGUCCUUCUCUGAAACAGAUCACCCCAAAGUCCUUAUCACAGGUGGCCUUGGGCAAUUAGGGGUUGGCCUUGCUAAACUGUUGAGGAAGCGGUUUGGAAAGAACAAUGUCAUUCUUUCAGACAUCAGGAAACCACCCAGCCAUGUGUUCCACAGCGGUCCCUUUAUCUACUCUGACAUUCUGGACUACAAGAACUUGCGAGAGAUUGUUGUCAACAACCGCAUCACCUGGUUGGUGCACUACAGUGCCCUUCUCAGUGCUGUAGGGGAAUCCAACGUUGCCUUAGCCCGUGCUGUCAACAUAACUGGUCUUCACAACAUCUUGGACAUUGCUGCAGAGCAUGGCCUUCGCCUGUUUGUUCCCAGCACCAUUGGUGCCUUCGGCCCCACUUCCCCCCGGAAUCCCACCCCAGACCUCUGCGUGCAACGACCUCGCACCAUAUACGGCGUCUCAAAGGUCCAUGCUGAGCUAAUGGGAGAGUACUACCAUCACAGGUAUGGCCUUGACUUCCGCUGUCUCCGGUACCCCGGCAUUAUCUCUGCAGACUCCCAGCCUGGCGGUGGCACAACAGAUUAUGCUGUGCAGAUAUUUCAUGACGCUGUCAAGACAGGCAAGUUUGAGUGCAAUCUGAAGCCAGACACACAGCUACCCAUGAUGUAUAUUGAUGACUGUUUGCGAGCGACGCUGGAAGUGAUGGAAGCUCCUGCUGAGAUACUGUCCAUGCGCACUUACAACAUCAAUGCCAUGAGCUUCACUCCUGAGGAACUUGCUCAAGAGGUCAGGAAACAGCUCCCUGACCUGCAAAUGACAUAUGAAGUUGACCACAUUCGACAAGCAAUAGCUGACAGCUGGCCCAUGAAUUUUGAUGACAGCAAUGCCCGAAAUGACUGGGGGUGGAAGCAUGACUACGACCUACCAGAGCUGGUUCAGACAAUGUUCAAUUUUAUUGGUUCAGAGUCACGAGUGGCCCAAGCCAACUAAGUUCAAAUCAGAAGAACAGGGAAAAAAGACUGAUUGCUUUAGGCAAGAGAGAUCUGUGGCCUGUGCAUAGACAUUUGCUCUCUCUGUCUCUACUGCGCCAUUUGGAAAGAUCCUGCUUGGCUAGUGCAUGCUGCCAGGAAAAGAAUGUGAAAAUCUUUGAUCAUUUAAUUAGGGUCUGCCAACCAUCCUCCUCUUUGAGAAAGGAGAGUUGUUUGUAUUUGAGCAGUCUGCCAUAUUGGUGAUCUACAUCUCAGAUAGGGAACCCUCAUGGGACAGCUAUGGGUGCACUUGGGGCCUGCUGUAUUUAGUAUUCUGUAUAUAAGCAAUUUUAGCCUGAAUUCUCUAGGCAAAGCACACCAAACAGGUAUAUCAUUAAAAAGAAAGGCAGCUGUCAUUGUUUUUUGUAAUGUUGCUCCCUUAAAUGUUUCUUCCAAAGAUCUUUUUCUUUUUAAAGGGGAAGGUAUGAUAUACAAAUCAUUAUUGAUAUUCAUGGAAAAGGACUGUGGUCCAAAUAUACUAUCAACAGCUAAGAAGCUUGAAGGAUUCAUUUCCUUCAAUAAAGGAAAAUAAUCAGUAAAACUGAAGCAUAUUGUGUGGAUCUAAAAGGGAAGCGGGAGUCACUGUGUACAGUAAAGCUAUCAUUUUUCCUCUUAGCUGCUUUUCUUCUUGUGCUUAGUUACUAUCUUAGCUUGCAAACAAGUAAAUAGAAUUUAUAUUUGUAGAAUAUAUAUAUGGUCUUAUUGCACCAUAGCUAUUUAAAGUAAUGCAAUUUUCUUAAUUUAUGUGUUUUCCAUAAAAGAGCAUAUCGCUCAUGAUAUAGCUGAGAACAAAAUAAAGCCUUUUUUAUGCUGGAUUGAAA